CCUGUAUCCACUUGCUACCACUCUCCUCUGCUUUGUCUUGACUGUCCUUUAGCCUGGCUUCUACCUCGCGAUCAUGACUCAUAUCACACACCGUUCAUAACAGGCUAGCUCUCAUAGCGCUCCGGUGAUGGACAGCCUGGCUGCUGACCUGCGGGAAGCCGCCUCGGACCUGCUCGAUGUUCCCGCAAACAGACAGGCGAGGACGCCUAAGAGGCAAACUCAGGUAAAUGACAGACCUCAGCGGCUCUCUCCUACAGUCUCUGAGGCUACCGGACUGCCUUCUGCCAAAGAGUCUUCCAAGCUAGUGCUACUCGAUGCCAAUGGAGAGGAGUACAAAGAUCGCCGGGAGGGAAGCCGGGCGGUCAUUCCUGGCAUUGAGGAUAGCCCCCAACUCGAAGAGGCGAGGGCAGAGGUGAGCCAAGAAGUUGACAGUGGACCACCGUGGAUGACAUCUUCCUCAGAUGGUCCUUCAGCUUCAGAGCGCUUUGCCUCCUUGCACUCAAGCACACCGCCGUUGCGACCUUCAUCAGCAGGCGGAAGCCGAGAGGCGCUUCGGUCCCGCUCAAGAACCUCUGCUUCGGCCACCAAGAGUCAAUCGAACCUUUUCCAACGGGCGACUGCCUCAACUCCCGGCGUUGGCAAUUCGCGCUUGGACGUUUGGCUCAACGAAAAGGGCGAGAGAGUCGUCAACGGAAAGGUCGUCGGUAGGCUGACUCUAGCUGGCACUAAGACUGGCCGCUCGCGAUGGGAGGGGGACUCGGGCAGUCAGGGUCUAGAUCUCUCUCUUUCUGAAAGGGGUUCUUUGGAUGUGCCAUCUUGGGACAGCAACCGAGGCGGAGAGUCGCUCGAAGAGCCCAGCAUUAGCACACCCCGUGGCCAUACCAUCGAUCUUCCUAUCUCGGACUUCGACCACUCCCGCCAUGGCAGUCACACCAAGAGCAUCACCCCCGAAUUCUUUAUGCAGAGCUUUCCAAAUCUGUCGCCAGGUCAAACGGAGCCAGCAAAACCCGUGAUGAUCAUCGAUCGUAGCCGAGCAGACAUGCCUACCUUCAGCAGCUCCGGUAGUGAUGUCGUUGACAGCUUCCACGAUGCCAACGAGGAUGCCCAGAGCGACCUUGCCUCAUUACCAGGAUCUUUGGAGGAUAGUCCAGCCUCACUACAAAGGGUGGCUCAGAUAUCGCCUGCUGAUACAUCAAUGCUACGUAUGCCCGGAAUGUCUUUGGGCUACCGGCGAAUGGGCGAUCUUCGCAGUAACCUAGCACUCCUGCAUCAAAACAAGAGCGCGGCGCCGCUAGAGCAUGCUGGAGAAGACAUGAGCGGCCCAGGCACCGACGGGUCUGGUCAACAGGUCCCCGAGGAUGGGCGAAUCCUAUCGCCGCCUACGGCAGAGUCUCCUAGUGUGGCUACAGAGCCAGGGCCGCUGACAUUCGAUGCUACGACGCAAGGUAUAGCCUGGGAGCCCUGGGAGAGGACAGCUGGUCCGCUGUCCCCCAGCAGGACGAGGACCUCAGCUUCUCUGACCGGAGAUAGACCACUGUUGGAGCGAGCCGCGUCGCUCUUCUCGACUCAGCUGGUCACGCCCCCGGCUGAGCGAGAAGAAGGUGGAACAAGUCCAGAACCAAGCCGGUAUCCCUUCGCUAGUCUGGACGAACCAUCGCCCUGGGCAGAAGCACAUCGCAAUGAUUCUCCCCAGGCACUGGUAUCCUCCACAACGGCCGCGGAAGAUCCGCAGAGCGGAGACGAUGGUGAUGCGGCUUCCCUCUACUCACUACCAGCCUCAAGCAUCACGGGAUCUAAUUCAGAUGCAGCCUCCCGUCGCCCCUCUCUCCGGCGACGUACCUCUUCCAACGCCUCUGUCCUUUCCACGCACGACUCAUCAGCCUCACCUUCCUCCUCACCUCGCAGACCAAGACGUCCCCGCUCCAUGUCCAGCGAGACCUUCACACGGGACGUCGUAGUUCGCGCCUGGACCGAAGUGGGCUCCCGCACGCGUGGAUACGUCACCUUCGAGGUGGUCCUCCUGACUGCGCAGAGCGGACUGACCAUCAGGGCGCAUCGUCGAUACAGCUCUUUUGUCGCCUUGCGUCGCCAGCUCGCAGUCGAGGCGCCGGCAUUUGCAGAACAGCUGCCGGCGCUACCUCCAAAGGAUCUGAUUCACAAGUUUUCGCCAAAGCAUUUGGAGGUUAGGAGAAAGGCACUCAGCACGUGGUUGCAGCUGGUACUGCUGGACCCGCGAUGGGGUGGGAGGAAGGCUGCGAGGGAGUGGCUUGUGGGAGCGGAAUGAGGGUAGCGGAAGCAGGCAAGCAAAAGGAGGAGAAAGGAACACACACAAAGGGGAUGUACUAUAGGACGCCGAGGGUUUGGAGCGGAUGCCGAUUGGACGACACUCCGUGCUCUGUCUCUAGAAGAACGGGCCUGAAUCGAACGAUUUCUUGCACGAU